UCUAGGUAGGCUACCAGUUGGCAUGUUGGGGAAAUUGUAAAUUAAAUUUCUUUUUUGGAAAACUGUCUUUAAAAUUUAUCUUUCAUUUAAAAAAUGCGGCACUUACAAAUACUGAAAUACAUUACCCCGCGGUAUGCAAUCAACACGGCUUUUACCCAGCGAUUAAUGUCAAAAUCUGAUGGCAAAUCUUCAGGUACAGGAUCAAAAGACGCGAAGUGUAAAGAUACUAAAGAUGCAAAACCUUCAGAGGCGGUGAAGAAAUCUCCCGAAGCAGCAAAGGCCUCCGAUGCCGCAAAGAAAGGGACAACGCCGAAAGCGGCUAAGGAGGCUAAAGCUACGCCGCCAAAGGACGAAACAGCCAUAUCCGGUGGCUCAAAAUGCCCGCCAAAAACGCCCCCUGCCGCAGAAAUUAGUAAAAAUAAAAAGAAACGGCAAUCGUGUGAUGACUUGUUACUUGGUAAAACUACUCCAAAGAAGAAGAAACCUCUAACAGCAAUCCAAGGAGGGGACCUUGGCUGUCCUGGCAGGACUGGAAAAAAACCACCAAUUGUUGCGAAACACUCUAAGCUCUGGCAGAAAAUCUCGCUCUUCGGAGUCCUGCCGAUGGUAGCCAUUCUCACCCUGUUGGUUUUUAGCACUCGAUCGGAGGAGGAGCGUCUGGAGUUUAAGAACUAUGAACAUAUGUACAGGCGGACGAAGCGAUACUGGUUUAAGGAUGGAAAUCGCACCGCUUUCCACAAUAGUCACUUUAAUGCGUUGCCUCCAGCAGGAUAUGAGGACGAAGUGGACGAGAGCGGCAUUGGAAAGGAUCCAGAGACGGAGAAGGAUAAGAAGGCUCGACUGAAAGAAUUUGACAAGGUCGUCAAGAACUGGCGCAAACACUCGUCCAAAAGAGAUGCCCAGCUCAAAAAGGAGGCAGCCGCUGCUGAAAAAGAGGCUCGAAAACAAGAAGCGCAAUAAACAAUGGUUCCUCUUGAUUCCGUAAACUUUGAAAAUGUGCAUACAAAAUUAUUAACAAAAACCAACUCGAAGACGAUUAUUAAUGAUGAUCAUAGCCGUUGAAAAAAAAAACAAAAUUGUCUACCAUAAUAAAAAUUCCCAGUCUGGGAUCGAUGUUUACUAC